AGGCAGCAGCAGCAGCAGCCGCUUCUGCCCUGGUGUGAGGCUUGAACAGGCGGCCCGGCUCACCGGGGAGCCCUGCACCCACUGCCGAGAUAUGUCUGACGCCAGAACAGAGAGCGUCUCCCACUGACCCGCAGGAUGGAGUAAGCCGGACCCCCCUCCAGCUGAUCACACGCACAUUCCGCUGCUUGCAGAAAGCCUGAAGACGUGAUGGAAAACUCAUCGGUGGCUUCGGCCUCGUCAGAAGCUGGUAGCAGCCGCUCCCAAGAAAUCGAGGAGCUUGAGAGGUUUAUCGAUAGCUACGUUCUGGAGUACCAGGUUCAGGGGCUGCUGACCGACAAGACCGAGGUAGAAGAAGAGGCCAACAAAACCCAGUGUGAUAUCUCCCAGUGGACAGUGGAAUGUAACGAACAAUUGGAUGUAAAUCGAACGUCGCCAAAAAGGAGAGGUCCCUCCUACAGCCACAACCAGAAUGGAAACAAAGAUGGCUCUCUGGACAUGCUGGGUACAGAGAUUUGGGCGGCCAGCACGUUUGAUUCCAUAAGUGGGGCAACGUGGGAUUUGCAACCGGAAAAGUUGGACUUCACUCAGUUUCAUCGAAAGCUCCGCAACACCCCAAAGCAUCCCCUCCCUCAAAUAGACAGAGAAGGGUUUGGCAAAGGGAAAUGUGAAGACGGAGAUGAAAUUAAUCUGAAUGACAUAGAGAAAGUGCUUCCAACAUGGCAGGCGUAUCACCCUCUGCCCAAUGAAGCCGAGAUCGCACACACCAAAAAGUUAUUCAGGAGAAAAAGAAACGACCGAAGGAAACAGCAGAAGACACCAGGAGGGAAUAAGCCGCCCAUGCCCCCGCCAUUACCACCGCAACAUAACGAGCACCAACAAGUUACUGCCAAACACAAUGCCAGGGACCACCAGAAACUGUACCAAGGAAGCCAACCACAGCACUCCUCAGGCAAGCAGGGUCACCAUGGCUACAGCCAAAACCGCCGAUGGCACCACAACCAGAAGCACCUGCAAAAUGACAAAGACCCACAGAGACAUGCCAAAGAGACGGAAAGCCUAAAGAUCGAGGAUGCCUCAGUUUGCACAGCCCAUACCCCCCUAGAACCCCUUCACCACAGCACAGAGACAACAGAGAGACCAUGCCAGCAGCCCAGUAGCACCGAGCCUGAAGCCAAGCGGAAAGACAGUAUUCCCAGCAGAGAUCGGGAGAGGCCGAAAAUAAACCUGCUCCAGUCGUCCAAAGAUCGGUUGCGGAGGAGGCUGAAAGAAAAGGAAGACUAUGCUGUCGAGUCCACCAAUCCUCAACGGACCAAAAUGGACAAACUCAUAGAAAUAUUAAACAGCAUGAGGAACAACAGCAGUGAUGUGGAUUACAAGCUCACGACCUUCAUGGAGGAAGCGCAGAACUCUGCCAACUCCGAAGAGAUGUUGGGCGAGAUUGUAAAGACUAUUUACCAGAAAGCUGUGACGGACAGGAGCUUCGCCCACACCGCUGCCAAACUCUGUGACAAAAUGGCUCUGUUCAUGGUAGAAGGGACAAAGUUCCGGAGUCUCCUGCUCAACAUGUUGCAGAAGGAUUUCUCUGUCCGAGAGGACAUGCACCAAUCAGACGUGGAGAGCUGGUUGGGGUUCAUCACGUUCCUUUGCGAAGUGUUUGGCACGAUGAGGAGUAAUGCAGGAGAGCCUUUCCGAGUCCUCGUCUGUCCCAUCUAUACCUGCCUUAGGGAGCUCUUACAGUCUUACGAUGUGAAGGAGGACGCGGUUCUGUGCUGUUCCAUGGAGCUACACAGCACGGGCCGCCUGCUGGAGGAACAGCUGCCCGAGAUGAUGACGGAGCUGCUGGCCACGACACGGGACAAGAUGCUGUGUCCCUCGGAGUCCAUGCUGACGCGGUCCCUCUUGCUUGAGGUCAUAGAGCUGCAUGCCAACAGCUGGAACCCCCUCACGCCAACCAUCACCCAGUACUACAACAAGACUAUCCAGAAACUCACUGGCUGAUGUGGAGGGUGCCUGGGGGUAAGCAGGCACAGGACACCAACCUAGGGUAGGGGGGGAAGUCUCACCAACCCUCACACAGACCGGGAUGUACCUUACCAACCAGACUCUCGAAACCUUUCUAUGAAAACACUGAAGGAAAGACACCUGUCAAUUAAACAGCAUGCUAAAGAACUCAUUCAGCCAGGAGAAGAAGGGGAAGCAGCCGCCUUGACAGUCUGGUCCCCAGCUAGGAACGACGACGCCGCCUCCUCUUGUCGUUUAAUUUGCAUAUUGUAUAACCCUCGGCACACGCACCAAAACAUUGUUACCGUGGGUGCAAUAGAGAUGUAGAGUGAAAGGCCAUUGUUUGCACACAAUUGCGAGGGCCUGUACAGGCCAACUGGCAGGAGGUGACCUAGGCAGAUGUCUCCAGAGGACAAAAGGGAGGCACGGUCUGAGCACGCAUUCAUCGCUGACCUCCUCUAUUGUGGCUGGUGUGCCGGGGCGGCGGGGAGCUGUGUGUUCAGGGCCUUGAAUCACGGAUUGUUGGUGUAUUAGAAUACGGGUUAUGUUUUCAUUUGCACUCUUUGUUUUCAUCCGAAAGACCUGGUUAACGUUGUUGUUUUUUCCUUUUGAAUGGUUGGGCUAAAGAAAAGAAAAAAGUCAGACCGUAAUUAACCAUCGUGUGACUGAGCAGGUGAACAUAGGAGGCUGUUUUACCUGCACUUGAGUAUUGGGUGGAAUAUUGUGAGGCUUUGGUAAGAGUGGUAGAUAUGGAAGUGUACACUAACCAACCCAACUGUCAUUCACUUAAGUUUAACUCUUAUAGGGCUGGGCGAGAGUUUCUGAUAAAUUGCCGUGCAAUGUGUAGUAACUAUUAUUUUUCCUGUGGCAGAAAGGUUAAAUCGAUAAAGGAAACAGCAGGUUCUGUUGUGAACUUUUGUAGCAAUUAUACGUAAUUAACAAUCCUCAACAACAGGAAAAAAAAAUGUUCACGUGUCUCGGACGUGGCUGUUGAAAUGAUUGUGCGUUAUUAAUCGCCCACCAAUAUUUCCAAUAGUGUUACAGGGGUUUUCUACCUCCAUAUGACCUAAAAUAUAUUGGUGUUUAUGAAGCCCCCAUGCAACUCUUACUAGAUACAUUACAAUUAUUUGUUAUUUUUUUUUUGUGCUGCGCUUUGUGUUUUUCAGCCAUGUCUACAGAUCACCAGGCAGAGUGGUUUGGUUUUGUUGCCCUGGGCUCAUCGCGUGGCACAUCACUCAUUGCAGAGCUCAGCUUUGCCUGGUAUCCCGUGGCAAUUUAAAACAACUCUAGCUGAUGAUGAGAAGACAUGGCUGAAAAGCACAGAAGAAAGCAGGAAAGCAAUGCAUUUAGUGCACUGGCAGAUUGGCAUUUGCGGGCAUGUAGAUAAAAGCCAUCUGAAGGUGACGGUUACACAAAAACUGUAAAUAUACACGGAUACACUUCUUUAUUUGAAUUAUCCAGAGAAGCUCUAAUUAAAACAGUAUUACUUAAAGGUUACUGUCUCCAGGCGUACUGUUCCACGUGUGUCCGUCUGUGUCUCUCUCUCUCUCUCUCUCUCUCUCUCGCAAUGUUGAUGCUUCUACUGAAUAAAAAGACUAUUAGGGGCCUAGUAAUUUAUAUUAAAUAUGUUUGCUAUGUGGUGGAUAUAUCCAGUAACAUGACUUUAGGGCUCUCAUCAUUCUUUUAUUUCCUAUAGCGCACUAAUAGAAUGAGAUAAUUGUGCAGCGCACGUUGGGAUGACCGGACGGCUCACGUUAACCACUUUAUUUUUUAAAUCCCGCAUUGCCAGAGUAAGAGCUUCGGAUACACUUAUUGCUUGUGGGUUUCGUUUGCCUCUAUAAUACCUAGCUGUGCGAGGGUGACGUUAAGGGACCCGCCUACCUGUGAUGUCACACCGAGGGCUGUCACUUAGGUGGAUGUGCCAGUGCCAAUAAAUACACCGUAACUGCAACUUUAUUAUUCACAUGUCAGACCACACCCACUGCGCAUCAGGAUUGUUGCAGACCUUUCUCCACCUGCUGUAUUGCGACGGGGGGGACUCCACAUGCAUUGCACCAAUGUCAGUGGAUGAAUAUCUAGCCAUACAUCUGAUGAUACUCUGUUAGUAAGUAGCUGGUUACAAGUCAUCCCAACUGACAACACUGUAAUGGAGAUGUCAAGCCAUGGAGAGAGAUAAGGUGCUAACCAAUCCGCUCCCAACUGCCAUGUUACAGGCUGUAUUUGAUAAAUGACAAGAGCUGAUUGGUACUUUAUCUCUCUCCAAGGCUUAAUACAUCCCCUCCCCUGUGCACUGUAUGGUUGUACUCUUCUUAUAAUACCCAAACAGCUUAGCGAUUACCUCUCGCAUUGUGCAGCUCUGAGGCUCCACACCCACUGGUGGGGAAGCAGUUAGCUGUCCGACGGACCGGGAUCCAAGUGGUCGAUAUACUGUUGCCAGGAUCCCGAAGGACGCCGCAAACCUCGGCAUAUAGAUAAUGAUGCCUCGCGGGAUACUGGCGUUACAACACCGACCGGUUUAGGCAGGAGAAGGGGGGUUGGGGUUAGGGAGCAGGGACAGGAAGGUUAGGGUUAGGCACAUAGAAGUAGAGGUUAGUGUUAGGCACCAAGCGAGGAGGGUUGGGAUUAGGCACCACCGGGCAGGGUUAGGGUAGGGGGCAGAGGAGGGUUAGUGUACUUUAGAGGGGACUGUCUGUAUCCCGACCAUUGGGAACUUAUACUGAACCCCACUGGUGUUUUAUACAUCUGUUAUUUCUCUGCUUUCCGUAUCCGCUGCUGCUUAUACUAAUGAUCCAUUGUGUUAUUUACAAAGCUACAAACACAUGUUAAAUGCGAAUGACAAGCGUUUACUAGCAUUUUAACGCUCUUUGUACAUGGAAAUGAAGUAGUCAACUCUGGGUGGGGGGGGGGUAGAUCAAGUCAUGGGGAGAGCAACCAAUCAAAAGUCUGUCGUGUCAUAGACUGUACUAGGUAUAUGGCAGAAGCUGCAUGGUGGCAUCUCCACUUUAUCUCUCUCCAAGUCUUGAUACAUCUCCGCCUGCAUGUUUAAAAUAUAUGUAGAAGCCCGGCCGAUGUGUUUCGAUGGUUGACUGGCUUCGUUGAGGGGCUUCGUACACACCUACAGCUUAUAUUUUCCUGGAUGAUGCAUAAGGAUGUCUGCGGAGCUUCUAAAUGCUCUGUCAUUACGUAAUAAUCACUGUGACCUGAUGCAAUUUCCGUGUCCCCCAUUGAGAGUAUUGGCGCCUAUGUUGUAGGUCUGUCAGAGCAGAAGUAUCCAUGGGUUCUUAUCUACUGUGGAAUUAGUCAGGAACUGUAAAGUCGCGCACUAGCGCCCCCCCUCCCCCCUGGAGUUCAUGACGUCCUGUGCACUAAUAUCCUUGUGCGGAACACUAUCUCCUAUCUCACACCCUGUUCCACAUUGUGUGAUUCAGGGUUUGUCCUUUAAAUCGUAUCAGGCUGCUCAGGGUGGGGGGCCUUUGUGCUGUGGACCCCCUCCUCUGAGCAUUGGGGCACACCUACCUUGCUUAUUGCCUUGUGCCCACAAACUGGUACCUUCCCCUUUGCGGCGCCAUCUUCCCAGUGAUAUUCAGGCAGAUAAUACAUGCGCAUGAGAGAGAGAGAGUCUUUGCUCUGACUGUGCAGCGCCAUUUUCCCGAAGAUGUCACUGGAAAGAUGGCGCCGUACAGGAGGAGGGACCCGCAUAUGGGUUUAAUGUAAGUAUACUCUGAGUGUGCAGUGCAGGGCCACCGUGGAACCCAGGGGCUCCCUGUAUAGUGCACACCGUACACAGUGCACCCCUUAUAAAUACACAUAUGGGGCCUAUAUACAGAGUUAGGAAUAUUAUAUCAACAUGGUCGAUAUGUUGGCAUUGCGCAUGUCGACACUGGUGAAAUGUUCACGUUUGGAAUGUCGACACUGUGGGGGUUUUUUAUGUCAGUCUAACGCUAAUCAAGGAGUUGAAAAUCUGUAUUUACAGCUGUCUUAGGUGGGUGUGUUCCUACCUUGUGUACAUCUUCAUAUAUAUAUAUAUAUAUAUAUAUAAUGGAUCUGGGACUCAGGGUCGACAGCAGUUGGUCGACACUGCGAAUGGGUCGACGCGAACAAAAUGUCGACAUGAUCAAGGUCGACGUGAUUUUUUUUAUGUGUUUUUGGUGUCGUUUUCUUCAUAAUGUGACUGGGAACCCCAAUUAGUGCACAGCGCCCCCUCGCAUGGCUCGCUUCGCUCGGCAUGCUUCAGGCAAGGUGACUUGCUGCGCUCGGCACAGGUUGCUAUUCCCAAUCGUAGUCCACGUGGAUCGUAAAGUAUGAAAAAGUUUUAAAUAAAAAUGUGAAAAACUCAUGUCGAGCUAAGUGGUGUCGACCUGGAGUCCGGAUACCAUAUAUUAUCUCUGAGUGCAAAUACAGGGCACCUGGGCCAGGUAAUACAGUAAGUUGCAGUCCUUAGUGUAUAAGGUACAGUGACACACUGUGGAGGCGGCCAUGUUGUUUGGUUGUGCCCAUAUCUAUGAGAAUGCACUAGUGACACAGCAGAGGUAUGAGGUGCUUCUUCUUUUUUUCUCAUUUCUUGUAUCAAAAAAUAUAUACUUUUUUUGUACAGCAAUUAUUUUAUUUUUUUAUUGGUGUAUGUACACCAUAACUUAGCGGAGAGGGAAAUUAAAGGUGGUUCGUAAUGAGCUUUGGAAAUAUGACUUGACACUUGGCUCUUUCACAUGUGAAUGUCACGUUGGGCUACACCGUGCUCUCAAUGCGUGCACUUUGGCAUGAUUAUUGAAUCGUGUCAUGUAGUAGCGUCAACAACAAUGAAGAUGGGUCUUUCAGUUGAGGCCUUGUCUUGAGUACUAAUGAAAAGCAGCCUGGGACAAUGCCCUGCUGCCUGACUGUAUUCAGGCUGUCGUCCCGGCCAAGGAGAGUUAAUGAAGGGGGCGACUGCUGGUGUAUGGGCAGUGGAGAACGCCAGGUCACCGCUUCACUUCCUGCAGGGAAUCAGGAAAUGAUGUCACGGCUUGGCCAUUUCCUUAUUUACUUUCUCUAUUGAUCCUCGACUUAGUAAAUCAUUCCUGGUGCUUAUUAAACGUCGAAUUCCAAAGACGAAAGGGGAAAGGCAGGGUGGUUUCCUGUUCUGUGCUCAUCCUGCAGUCACAGGGAGUAUAAGGAAGUUUGGCUUGAUGUCCCAAGUCCCCCAUUAAGGAGCACCAGGAUGAGCGUCUUGCAUUCUUGGGCCGUGCAUUAAUGUUUUAAGUAAUAGCGUUGUGUCUGGAAUGUGAUUUUUAUUUUACUUUUAGGAGCACAACUAACUCUUGGGUAUUGGCUCACCGGUGUUCAUGGUCGAUGUGGGGGAAAAAAUGUCCUAAUGCAGGAAACACUGGAAAUGAUCGGGCUCAAUCAAAAUAUUUACUGAGCGUUGAAUUUGUUACCUUCUGCAUGAGCGGGGGUGAUGGCGUCUUCUGUAGCGCUCCUGGCGCAGUGGCUAUGAUUGCGCUGUAGUAUUUAUGAAUUGAGGCGGCGUGUAGGCAUCCGUGGCGCGCCGUUUAUCUAUCUCUAGUGAGCUGUGCUUGCCGGCGGUGCGGAAUGACUGUGUUGAAUCCGCACAAGCACAGCUCCAUAAGCGGUCUUUGACAGUGACCGAGAAUGUGUUUUAUCACAGAGGAAUUCGUGGGUUUAGCUGUGGUUCGCAUUCUUUUCUGCUGAGGAAUGCGAUUAAAUUGAAAACAGGUGUAAGGUAUUGCAGUACUGCCAACAGGUCCAAUGCUUUCUGCUGGCAGAUAUUCGGUCGCUGCCAGCUCUGAACCUACGGGCAUUUACACUCUGCAUGUUCUUACCUGUGCUAGUAAUACGUCACAGGGAGUGAUUAGGUGGGCUGGUGACCCUACCGAACCUGGCAUAUUCCCUAGUGAGUUUACAAUGUAGGUAACUUGGCUUGAUGUCCCAAGUACCCCAUUAACGAGCACCAGGAUGAGCGUCUUGCAUUCUUGGGCCGUGCAUCAAUCCGGACUCUGUCCGGAUUGAGGACUACAAUGGAUCUGUACCAAUAUUGUGCCUUCUCCCAUUGGCUUCUCAUCUAGAUGAGAUCGAGAUGCUAAAUGGAAGUUUCAUUGCUCAGGAGCUUUGAGCAAGAGGUCUCGUUUCUCGGUAGAGGUCAAAAUCUGGAUUCUCGUCCUCUACAAGAGCUUAAAUCUAUAAUAUAACUAUUUGUCUUGAUCAAGUCAAAUUGUUGAUAUUCCUGUUCUCUUUGAUAAAUCAAAUCCGUCCUAUGCCUCGAAAUGUUGACUUGAUAAUGGUCCAAUUACUCCUGAUGUGACCUGAAAUCAUCCUGUUCCUUUCAGGAGUUCAGAUUGGUAAUAGGCGUGGAGGUAGAAUCACUGAUAAAAUGAUAUUCAUGGGGACGUUAGGUUGACGAUAUUCCUGUUUCUCCUGGAGUGUCCAACACUGACUGUGAGGGGAAGUUGAACGGACACAAUCCAGGCAUCAAAAUAUCACACUUUCUGUCGAUGUGAAGUUUAUUUCAUUAUAACACGUCUCCAUCUUUCCAGUUUCAUGUCACCUUCUCACGUUGGCAUUUUUUUAUGUACCCAGUACCUACAAUACUUUUAUUUCUUUUGGGAAAUGAGGGUGGAAAACAAAAAUUGGUGCCAAGUUCUCUUGUGCAUGUAUCUGCACGUUAUGUGCAAGAAAUGCACUUUGUAAGUCUUAUCCAAAAGGGCAACAGGAAGAGUUUGCUGAUUAUGUAACUGAAGUACACAAAAUGUUCCAAAUUUAAUAUCUAAGUUAGUUCACAAACACGACAUAAAGCCAGAAUUUUACAAUACGUUUACGGGCCUGAAUUUUACAACAAAACGUCCCACAGUAGGUAUUUUUGAAUUUCAUAGGAAAACAAUGGUUUUUCAAGAUGUCGGCCAUUCGAUGUUCGUAAGACAGAGUGGUGUUGGGUAUUAUAUACUAGAGGUUUUUCUUCGAGUGGAAGGGGGUCAUUCCUGUCAUGAAAAUGGACAUUAUUUUAUUGUCUAUCGGUCGCAAACAUUGUGUGGAAGGCAGACAUCUUCUAGGAGGAACCAAUACACAACAAGUCAGAUACGUGUAUAAUUCCUCAGUGAACCUUCGGUUCCAAGGUUAUUGGUGCAACAUGUAAACUCUCCUGAGGUGGCAGGUCAAGCACGAUGACCUUACAAUCUCUUUCCGUCCGUCACAAUUAGCAGAUUGAGGUGUUGCAUCAUUACAGAAUUCUGCAUUGCGCUCUCCGAAUCCAAAGUGGCCGGACAGUUUCAGCUUAUUGUUCUGCUGUGCUGUGUGCUGGACUGGUUUAACAUAAUGGCAGUCAUCCACUGCAUCGUUUUAGUCCAGUGGCACCGGAAUGAUUCACAUAUCAAGGAUGCAGACAUGUGGAACUAUGGGGUCACUGGUUUGCUGUACAGAAAAGUAUUUCACCAUCCCACAGUUUGCUCGUUGCCAGAAACAUUGUCCCUUAGUAAAUAGCCUGCGAGUUGCCGUCACAGCGUGAUUCCGAGGAGUUUGCCUGUAGUUUUAAUGCAGAAAUAAUUGAAUCCAUUGAAUAAUUGAACCUUGUGGAUUCAAGAAUUUUGAAAGUGCAUGCAAACUCGCUGGAAUGGCGCGCAUGCCAAGACCCGCCGUGUCCUCUGAUACCAGGCCAGGGUUCCUCCCCAUUACUUACAUUACUACUAAAGACUACAGAAAUGCAGAGGCCCAAGGGGCACAUUAUUUGAAAAUCUCCAAUGUAUUAUUCCAAGUCCUUUCCAUGGUUAUUGCGGACUCCUUGGAAUAAGGCAUAGAGUAGUUGUUAUUACUAGGGAGUCUAUCUAAGCAGUGCCUCCGAGUUAGCCAACAAUUUGCCCCUGUCCUUUCCCCACCUUGCCCAUUUCCCUACCUACUUGCUCAUAUCCUACAUACUACCACCCUGGCUACUGUGUAUAUAUACCAAGCACUGGCUUGCGGCAGGCAGUAUACUAGGGUAAAGUUGUGUGCACAGCAAACACAGUGUAGAGGGCUCCAGCCCCACUUAGAUCCUGAAGUCACUUUGAGAUACGAGAAGGCGAAAGCUGUCCAUUAUGAAGUUUGCAAUAAUUAGCAGCUGAAGGGCACUUGGCCUUUGUGAACCACGGUUCCACACUUUGGUGUACUCAGUCCGAAACCGAAUGGGUUUUCAUCCAAACCACAACGUUCAUGUGCAGAGUAUAAGCUGAUCAGUGUGUUACAGGCUGGGUGUUUGUGGGGGUUUAUUGAGUGGUAAAAACAAAGAGUAGGUGGGCGGGGCUUCUUGCAAUUUGCUCUAUCAAGUGACACCAAGCCCCACCCCCUCCGUAUGCACUGAGCUGUUAGAGGGGAGGGGGGGGCAGUGUGAGUGGCCCUUCGCGGGCGGGGGUGGUGACGGAGGUGGGCGUGGCAUGAUGACAGCUGUGUGAUACAAUAUCCAUAUCCCAAAUCCAUUGCAUUAAAUAAUGUUCUAAUUUCCUGCUGUUACUGGGGAAUAUCUAUUGUCUGUCUCUAUCUAGUCCAUGACUAUAGGAAAGCACACCACUAGGCUGAAUGUAUGUAUCCGUUCCACUUCUCUAUGUGCAUUUAUAUUUUUCAUUUAUGUUGUUUGAGCCUUAUGUUGUCAUUUGGUUUAAAGCGAGAAUUCUUACCAUGAUUCUACGACAUGGACUUUCUGUAAUGUAUAGACCCAUUGUAAUGUUAUAAAGAAAAAGCUAUUUCCAUUUUAUAGAAAUGUGUUUAUUGUGUUUUAAGAAGCCUUUACAUUGAGACUGUAAUCUAUGAAUUAUUCAGUCUGAUACUAGUCACGGCUUUGGAAGAAAAGUAACUGAGAAUCUUUAAAUGCACAGAGUUUACUCCCCGAUCUGUGUCCCUAUAGCUUCUCAUGGCCAGAUCUGUUCAUGAAAUAUUCAGGCCCGGUAUACGCUCUAGAACCCACUUCAGGUAAUAAAUGCUUAACCCUACAUAUCAUACACUGUCUUCAUUGCGGUAUUUCUUUAUGUUGUUUGUUGUACAGUAUUAAACGUAUUUAAUUUACCGGCAUUCGGGCAAAUAACUGUUAUUUAUUAGCAAAACGAUGUCCAGUACACUGGUCUGGCGCAUCAUUAUAAGUCACGCAUGGAGGGACCUGCAUCCUUUGAGAAUCACUGAAUCUAAAAUAGAAUGGGGAUUUCCCACCCUCAGGUCUCUUUAAUAUUGUGCACCUCCAGCAGCUCUUAUUUGUAUCUAAUAAAUAAUUUUCUCUC